UCUUUGAGGUUUCCACCCUUAAUUUCUUCCCUGCACUUGUUUUUAAGGUUUUCUGACAAAAGCUGGUUUUUUCAGAUUUGGGUUUCUUCUUCCUUAAUUUAAUCAAGCAUAUAAUGUUUAGUCUACAUAUCAGCCUUCCAUGAUAUCUUUAUUCCUUUAUUUUUAUCAAGAAAGAAGAAGUAUAACUAAGAUUUUACUGUCUUGUUUAGUCUAAUCCAAAGGUGCUGCCAACUCCGAUCCACUCCAAGGAAAGAAAGCAAGUGUUUAAAUGGACAUGAUUUCAUCAGCAAAAUGGGUAUCUGAUUUGGAGAUGGAGGAUCCUACUUUUAUCCAUCAAUAUGAAAUGAACUCUCUGGACUACUCACUUGAUGAUCUCAAUUUCCAGUCUUUUUCUUCUGAGAGCUACUCGUCUUACCCGAAUUUCACCCCUAAAGCCACACACAACUUCAGCAACGCAUCCAUCGAAACUCCUCAACAGGCCGGCACUCACGAAAGGCCAGCAAAACAGCCUAAGAACCACACUACUUGGAACCCUUGCACCACUGACCACACAAUUAUGGCCAAGGCUGCUUCUUCUUCCUCCUCACAUCUGAUUUCUUUUGAUAACUCCAACUCAUCACCCCCAACCAGUUCUCAGCAGUUCUAUGGUACUCUAGACAACACAAUGAAGCCAAAGAAUGAGGUGGAAUAUUCCAAUGGGAAAUUGAACCUUACAACUUUGAUUUCCCAAGGUUCCUAUGACCCCCAAACUUGUUCACCGAAACAUGGACAAGGGAUCAAGAGGGCAGCUACAGUCACUAGGAGCCCUUUACAUGCUCAAGAUCAUGUUCUGGCUGAGAGAAAACGCCGAGAAAAACUCAGCCAGCGGUUCAUAGCUCUGUCUGCCUUAGUUCCAGGCUUAAAGAAGAUGGACAAAGCUUCAGUCCUUGGAGAUGCGAUCAAGUACGUGAAGCAUCUUCAAGAACGUACGAAGAUGCUGGAGGAAAAAGCGGUUAAGAAAACAGUAGAAGCAGUGGUGUUUGUGAAGAGGACUCAGUACUCUGCAGAUGAUGAUAUCUCUUCAUCGGAUGAGAACUUUGAGAGCUCCUCCGACCAGCCACUCCCCGAAAUUGAAGCAAGGGUUUCAGACAAGGAGGUUCUCAUACGAGUCCAUUGUGAGAAAACCAAAGGAUGUUUGGCAAAAAUACUAAGCGAAAUAGAGAGCCUUGAUCUCACCAUUGUUAACAGCAGUGUCUUGCCCUUUGGCAAUUCAACUCUUGAUAUCACUGUAAUUGCUCAGAUGGACGCUGAAUUCAGCAUGACAGUGAAGGAUCUUGUGAAAAACCUGAGACAGUCAUUGCUCAAGUUUGUGUGACCAGCAAAUCGGAAGUUUUGAAGUUCGCUUUGUGCUUUAGAUUUCGAUCUCUAAGCUGGAAGAUAUAUAUAUAUAUAUAUAGGAAUAAAUUAAUUUUAUUGACAGUUUUCUUAUGCUUGUCUUUUUCUUUUUCUGGCUUUCAUGACCUUUUGGAAGGAACCAAAGCCUCUCUGUGAAGCAUGAAAUAUUAGCCAUUGCCAUGGCUUUGUUUUUGUUGCCAGCGCGGUUUUAUUUUGCAGGAGGGUUUUUUUUUUGUGAUUUUUGCGUGGUUGACCCGUUGACCACGUUCAGUUUACCCUCCUGUUAUAUAUGAAAACCUAGCUGUGGUUUUUUCUUUUUUCUUUUUUUUUCUUAGGGGUUUUGUGUAAACUUCCUUUGUAUUUUGUGACUUAAUGAUUGAUUGUUGUCUCUUUGGUGGAUAUUCUUCAUUCCAUGGCCCAUAUCUCACUUUGAUAUUCUAUUGACAAGUUUUCUUUGUCGACCAAAAAAAAAACAAACAAACAAAAAGAAAAUUAAGACAAAAACAAUCGGAUUUUAGUUUUAGUUUUCAUCUUACAGUGAGGCUGGCCACAACAAAGUAUCGAACUCAUCACAAAUAUAUAUAUCGUCAUCGUCAUGAAUGUGAGCCAAAACUUGA